UUAAUUAAUAUAACAAACUGUUUCAUGAAAUUGAAAAUCCAAGUAAAAAUUUCCACUUGAAGCAAUAGGUACAAUAAUUCAUCAUAAAUAAUCCAAUUGUUUUUUUGUUUAUUUUUGUUGGCUAAAAUCUAUCAUCUUUCACCUUCAACUAUUUAGAGUUGAAUAUUAGUCGAUGAAAUUUAUCGAGUGUAGCAUCGAUCGAUCAAAUCAAUGGAGUGGCCGGGGUCUUUGAAUUUGUUCGUAUUCGUGUUGUGUGAUGGGUACUAAAGAUUUAGGGUGUGGCCAUUUUUUUGAAUUGAAAAUUCAAUUAUUGAAUUUCAAUAACUUUUGUAUUGUGGGUAUGGGAAUAUGUACAUACUUUUGGUCACGUAGUGAAAGUUACAAAGUCAUUAUUCCACUAUAUAUAAGUGUGUUCGAAAUUGAUAUGAGCAUGGGUUAAAGCCUUCUAUAGUGGGCUUUGCAGAUGCUGAAAACCACUUUCAUUUGUUUGGUCAACUAUUAGUGAUCUCUAUUUUUCAACCCACUAAUUCAUUCUCUAUUAAUUUCAUAUCAACUUGCUAAGUACGUAGUUUGGAUAAGUAAUUAAUUAGGAGACUUGUAUUUGGAUAUUAGUAGUUCACUAGAUAAGUUUGAAUGACAACAUUCAUACAGAAUAAAUUUACCAAAUAAAAUAAAAAUUUAAGUGUACACGCAGGCAAGCGAACUUGAUGUUUCAAACACGUGUAAUAAAAAACGCCACGUCACCGCCACGUACUCACCGGCCUCUAUAGAAAUUAUCCGACGCACUUAUUAUCAGGAUCAAAUUAAGCACGAGUAAAUAGUUGUGUAAUACAUUAACCAAAUAAUGAGCCAAGAACAGCCGAGAAGGCCGGAGGCUGAGCAAGAAUCCGUCAAGUACGGGGAUAUAUUCCAGGUCUCCGGCGAACUAGCUUCCAAGCCAGUCGCGCCGAGAGACGCCGCCACCGCACAGGCAGCUGAGAGCAUCAUCCUCGGUCAGGUUCAGAAAGGGGGUCCGGCGGCAGUUAUGCAGUCUGCGGCGGAUGUCAACGUCAGCCGUGGCGUCCUCCACCGAGAUGACGUCACGGAAGCUACCAGGCAGCACGGUGUUUUAAUCUCUCAGACUGACGCCGGCGGCCAACGCAUCAUCACUGAGGCCGUCGCCGGAGAGGUCGUCGGAAAAUACGUCGUGGCCGGAGAAGAGGAGACGACGGGUCCACCACUGUCGGCUCUUAGCCCGGGAGCGGUUACUAUUGGACAAGCCUUGGAGUCGGUGGUUCUUUCCGCCGGCGACAAGCCGGUAGAUGAAAGCGACGCCGCCGCGAUACAGGCGGUGGAGAGCCGAGCAUCAGGACUCGACAAAGUAGUCCCCGGCGGGGUUGCGGCGGCGGCUCAAUCCGCAGCCAAACACAAUGCUCGUACAAUGGCUGAUGAAAAAAAGAUAAAACUUCGCGACGUUUUGGGGGGUGCAAUUUCGAAACUACCAGAUGACAGGGCGGUGACGAAGGAAGAUGCGGAAGCGGCUGUGGCGGCGGAAUUGAGGAACAAACUGGACAUGACCACUUACCCUGGCGGCGUCGCGGCGUCGUUGGCCACGGCGGCGAGGCUAAAUCAGCAGCAGCAGCAGACAUGAGAGAUGUAUUAUACAGAGUUGGUGUGGUGUGCAAUCAAUCUAUAUCUAUAUAUAUAUAAAAAGACAAUCUAUAGGCCUAAAAUGGUGACACGUGGCAUAUUUAGGGUUUCAAACCCUAGAGCCGUUUUUGUAAUAUCUUGGUUUUCUAAUGGCGUUUUGUUAAAUUUCA